AUUAAUAAUUUUGUAAGAAAAUUACGGUAUUGAAAUAUUUAGGGAUUUCAAGCAGAAUGUAGGGAAUUUUAUAUUAUAUUUGUAGUCAAGUAUUUCCUGCUAACUGAAGAGAGCAGCAAUUGUUUGAAAUUGAACGUCUUUUCCAUAAAACGUUAGAAAAUGAUGAAAUUAUGGACUGAAGUUAUAUUGGAAUGGCUGAAUUGUUUAGAUGUAUUAGAAACACGUAUUAGUGAUCUGAAAGAAUUGGAUGAUGGAAAAUUUUAUCAGAAAUUAAUAAGUUUAUUUUCAUGGAAAAGUGCUAAAGAUACUUCAGAUACAAAAAACAUUAUUAUAAAAUUUUUACAAGAUGAAUAUCCUGAAUUUAAAUUUAAUUACAAUGAUUUGGGAAAUAUGGAACAUAUAUAUAUUGCAUCUUUAUUUUUAUUACGUGUAUCUCAAGAGCCAGUUUUUUAUCAACCAAUGUGUAAUAAACUUCAGCACGAAACUCAGCUCAAGAUUAAAGCAUUUUUUGAAAUGAUUAUUCCUUAUGGCAAAGGUAUAAAUAGAGAAACAUUAAGAGAAAUAAUUGCUGAAUUAGAGGAUAGUGUACCAAAUACACCUAUGACACCAAAAACAAAAGCUCUUAAAGACUUUUUUAAUUCUCCUGUUGCUAGAUCUGCUCAGAUUCAUAAACUGUUAAAUGAAAGAAAUCAAGAACUAAGAAAAUUAAAAACUGAAUUAGAAGUAGAAAGAUUUGAAAAGUCUGACUUACAAGAAGAUUUACGAAUUCAGCAGAAUAAAGUACAAAAUCUACAGCGAAAGUUACAGGAGAAAAGUUCAGAAAUAAAAGUUUUACAAGAUGAAAGAAAUAGGCAAAGUACACCACAAUCUUGUAAAAAAAAUAAAAAUACAGUGGAUCUUGAACGAUAUUAUAGGAGAGAAAUAGAUCAUUUAGAAGAUCAAUUGAUGCAAAAACAAUGUGAAGUAGAUAGACUCGAAACGAAAAAUGAUACCUUGACAAAAAAAUUAACAUGUACGGAAAAGCAAUGUGUAUUUUUUAAAGAAAAAUUUGAGAAUUGUGAGAAAUAUUUGGAAAACAUACAAAUGAUGGGAGAGCUUAAAGAUAGAGAGCUGAUAAACUUAAGAAUGACUAACGAAGAGUUACGAGUACAUCUAAAAGAACUUAGCAAAACAACUAUGGAACAAAGUUUUGAGAUCGAAGGAAUUGCACCACUAACUUCUCUUUCAUCGUCCCUGAAUAGUAGCGAAGUUUUAAGUUCUGUAAUUGAGAUUCAGUUACAAGAAGCAAAGGAGGAAUCUGCUUCAUUGAAAACGCAACUUGAUACCUUAAAUAAGAAAUUCGACUCUUUAUGUCAGGACUAUGAAAGUGCAACAAAACUGUUAGAAAAAAAGUCCCAAAUAUUGAAAGACACAGAAACGAAAUCAAAUAUUACUGCAAAUAAGUUAAAAGAAGAAAUUGAAUCCUUGCAAAAACAGAAUGAAUCUUUAAUUGACCAAAAUAAAAAUCUACAAACUACGUGUACUUCCCAAAAGGAAUCUUUAUUACAAGCCGAAGAAUCUAAAAAUACCUUAAAUGCUGAAAUAGAUAGUUUGAGAAGGAAAAUUAAAACUUCAGAAGAAUCAUUGGAUAAUGAAGAGGUACGUAAUGUUAAAUUAAAUGUUGAACUUGCAGAAACCAGAUCACAAAUACAAGAAAAUUUGAAGUGCAUUCAAGAUUUAACGGAUCAAAUUAAUGUGUAUAAAGCUUCUGCUAAAUUGUAUAAUACACGUUUAAAGAAGAUCAUUUCAGAAACUGAUUGCAUUGAAGUUAAUAAUUUAGAUACUGAAGUAACCAUUCAACUGAUAGAACAUCUUCAAACAUCAUUGCAUAAUUUUAAUAAAAAGUAUACUUCAAAAGAAAUGGAAUUUCAGUCACUUAAUGAUUUAAUGGAGGAAACUAAAUUAAAGGUACACGAUUUUCAAUCGCAAAUAUGUAAGUUGAAACAGAAAGAUGAACAAAAUAUCAGAGAAAUAUCAAAACUGAAAGAAACAAUUGAUCAAAAUGUAAAAGAGAUCAGUGAACUUAUUUCUUCUGUAGAGCAAUAUUCUGAAGAAAUUGUACAUUUGAAACAAGUCCAAGUUCAGAAGCAAAAUUUAGAAAAAGAUUUAUGUAUAUGUAGAAAAGAAAUGAAGAAAAAAGUUUUGUUAUUACAAUCUUCUGAAAAAUGUAUACAAACUUUGAAAACAGACCUUCAAACUCUCAUAACAGAAUUUAGUGAGAUAAAGAAAUAUGUAUCAAGUCAAUUAAUUGACUGUCAGAAGCAACAUAAAGAAAGUGGCAAUAAUAUUUUAAACGCUCAUAAAACUCUGUAUUAUAAUUAUAUUACAGAACAGCUUCAUAGAAAUAAACUUGAACAUGAACUUACUGAUAAUAAGAAAGAAUUAAAAGAUAGCAAAAAUUUAAAUAUUACAUUAGAAAAUGAUUUAACAAAAAAUAAACAGAUAUUAAACGAUUUAGAGUUAGAAUUAACGAAUACUAAAGACAAAUUAACACAAUCUGUACAAGAAUUAGAAAAACUUAAGCAGAUAAAGGAAACACUGGAAGAACGACAAAAGAAUCUUAAAUCUGAAAAUGGAAAACUUUUAAUGAAUUUAAGUAAGACGAACAGUGAACUUAAAUUAUCUGCACAAGAAGUAUGUAAUAUUUCAGACGAAUUAAAAUCUAAAGAUGAGAAACUUGGAAAUUUAAUUACAGAAAUUACUUCUUUAAAAUCAGAAAAAGAACAAGUGCUUCGUUCAAAAAUGGAAGAAGAAUCUGAGAUGAAAGAUGCAGUAAGAAGAUUGGAAACAGAAUUACUUGACAAACAACGUUGCUUAGAUCAAUUGAAUAUAGAAAUGAAAGCAAAAGAAGAAACAUUGGAGCGUCUGCAGAACAAAUUGGAGAAGUUAACGACAGAAACAAUUGUUUCCGAGAAGAAGAUGAAAGAAGUAAUUUCAAACUUACAAGAAGUAAGAACUAAUCAAGAUGCAGUUUUAGCAGCACAAGAAAAGGCUUUACAAGAAAAAUGUUUAAUAAUAGAACAACUUCAGAAAGAAUUUAGUGAAUCAAAAAAUACAUUUUGCAAACAACUUGAAAAUGAAAAAUUAUUAUGCCAAAAUUUACAAAGCACAAAUUCCCAGCUACAGAUACAGUCAUAUAAACAAACAAAAACAAUAGAAGAAUUGCAAGAUACGUUAAGGAGGGAGAAAAAUGAGCUUAGUAAAAGUAAAGGAUACUGUCAAACACAAGAUACAAAGAAAUUACAAAUUGUUCAAGCUUGUGAACUAUUAAGGCAUACAAUAAAUGACUUAAAAUUAGUAAUAACAGACAAAAAUCCGAAGAGCGAAAAUCUUUAUGCUGAUGGUAUGUGCAAUGAACCAUGUGCAGAUAAUGAUAAUGAUAAUGACGAUGAAGUUGAGAGUAUUUUAAACACUAUAAAGACAUCUGUUAACGAGAUGCAGGUUGCACGAGAAUUAAUUUUAUAUCUGUCUAAUGUAAAUAUAAAUUUAAAUGAAACCUUGAAAAAUGAAAAAGAAAUUGUAAACAGUUAUGUUUCUAAAGGUGAAGAAUACAUAAAGCACUUAAGUAAUAUCAUUGAGCAUAAGGAUACAUUAAAAAGUUCUUUAGGGAAUGUAGUAAAAUUAAGAGAAGAUUUGGAUACAUCUUUAAAUGAAUUGAAACAAAAAUGGCAUGAAUUGUUAACAAAAUCUCAUGAUAUUUUUGUAAUGGAUGAUUCUAUAUGUGAUGAACUGAAAUAUAUACACAAUAAAAAGACACAUCUCGAAAAUAUGUUAUUUAAACAGUACAUUAAUCAUUAUCAAAAUGGAAAACCAUUGCAUACUAUUUUGUGGAAAAACUUUGUACGGUCUGAACAUCAAUUAAAGGAUAUUUAUUUGAAUUCAAUAGAAAAUGAAAAUAUGUUGGAUAUUUUUGGUGAUGAGAAAGUUAUAAUUGAAGCAGAGUUAGAUAAAAAUAAGCUAUUACAAAAAGACAUUAGUCAACUUCACAGCGAAGUAGAUGACCUUUCAAACUUUAUUGCUUCUUUUACAAUUAAUUUCGAAUCUAAUAAAACAAAAUUUCAAUCUGAAACAGAGAAGUUACAGUUACAAAUUAAUCAAUUGUUAGAAGAUAAAUGCAAUUUACAAUGUAAAUUAGAUUGCUCACGUAUAAGUAAUACAGAAAUAGAAAACGAAAUUGAGGAACUUAAGUUUGAGAUAGAAAACCUAAAGAUAACAUCAUCAAAAGAAAGAGAUGAUUUAGAGAACGAAUUAAUGCAAUUAAAGAAAGAGAACUUAAAGCUGGAAGAAAUAAGAAAUGAAUUAAUUAGCCGGCCAAAGAAAGAAGACGUUGAUAUUCAGUUGAAAGACAUCCAUGAGAAGUACAGAGUUAAAUUAGAUGAGAUCAAACAAAAUAUGAAAACAGCAUACAAUGCACAAAUAGCAAAGCUAAACAACGAGCAAGAACAGUGUGUACAGGAAAGGUUGGAGUUACUACAAAGAAAAAUGGAAUCACAAUGUCGCAAACAAGCAGAUGAAUUAUGUAAAUAUAAAGCACAUGUUGCUAGUAUGAGUACACAAAUUUGGAAUGUUGGAGAAAAGCUAUUAAGCGAACAACAGGAGAAGGAAAAAUUACAAAAGGAAUUAAACAAACUGAAAGUUAAAUAUCGAAACUUGGACGAAAAAGUAGUUUCCUCAACAGAGCAUAGAAGUUCUAAGUAUGAAGGAAUAGGGGAAAAUAAAGAAGAAACUUUGCAUGAAGUUGCAAUGAUACAAGAAAAAACAACAUAUGAAAGAAGGUACAGUAUUAGAAGUAUACAAACAAUGGGUAAUGCAUUUAACGCAGAAGAUGAAGAGGAAGUUUUUGAUAACAACUAUUUAGCUGAUAUGAAAGAGAGCAAUUCGUCGAACGUUGAUGAUCGAUUAUCUAUUUUGAAAAAAAGAAAUGCUCUUUGCAAACCACAUUUAAAAUCUUCUUAUCCUGCUGAAAUGCAAUUUCACCCUCUACCAUUUUCAGAAGAAGAAAUCAAAUCAGGUUCAGUAACAGAUGAGAUGUUCAAUGAUAGUUUAAGUCAAAGUUUGCUUCCCGAACAAAAAGUUAAGAAAAGAGAUAGAACUCAGAUAUCAUAUAAAAAACCUGGUCCCCCAACCCCUAGUAAAAAUGGAGGAAGAUUAUCGUUACAAGGUAAUGAAUUAAAGAGCCCGAAUUCAAGAAUAUUAAAAGAAAGAAAUAAAGAUCGGGCAACAACGACACCACGCACAUUAAAAAGUUUGUUCUCUUCGAAACGUCAAGACGAAAACACAGUGACUACUACGCCACAAAGAAGUCGCAGAAGAAGUAGUAUUUUUCGUAAAUAUCGCGGUACAAAUGACAGAUAAAAAUUUUAUUUAAUAGUUUAAUUUAAGUAAACAUAUCUUUUUAACUUAUACACAAAGUUAUAAUUGUACAUACAGUGAAUGAUAUCAAUAUAUAAUUACAAUGAUGUUUCUAAUAGAAUAUAAUUUUAAAUAAGCAGA